CAAUAACUACUUUAUCAGUCCCUAACCUCACAAAAACAUUGCAAGUUAGGAAAUUUGUUAGAUGAAAAAGUAGAUCAUGAGUAAAAUAUUCACCCCUACAAAUCAAAUUCGAUUGACGAAUGUUGCGGUAGUACGAAUAAAAAAGGCCGGAAAGAGAUUCGAAAUAGCCUGCUAUCGAAAUAAAGUUAUAUCAUGGAGAAACCAAGUAGAAAAGGAUAUUGACGAAGUUUUGCAAACACAUACUGUAUUUACCAAUGUUUCGAAAGGACAGGUUGCAAAAAAAGAUGAUUUAAUCAAAGCAUUUGGAAAUGAUGAACACACUGAAAUAUGUAAAGAAAUUUUGGCUAAAGGUGAAUUGCAGGUGUCUGACAAAGAACGACAAAGUCAAACAGAUCAACUUUUCAAAGAUAUUGCAACAACUGUAGCUGAUAAAUGUCUAAACCCUGAAAAUAAACGACCAUAUCCAGUCUCCAUCAUAGAGAAAGCAAUGAAAGACAUACAUUAUUCAGUAAAGCCAAACCAGUCCGCCAAACAACAAGCUUUACAAGUAAUGAAACUUCUCCAAGAAUCGAUUCCCAUUGAAAGAGCAAAAAUGAGACUCAAAGUUAGUUUCAAGGGUAAGACAGCAAAAAAAAUUAGAGAAAACUUCUUGAAAAUUGAGAGUUUGGAGAUAGAAAAUGAAGAAAAAGAAGAAGAUGAAAUUACUAUUGUAUUUUUGGUAGAGCCAGGAUAUUUCAAAGAGAUUGAAUCGAUGGUUAAAGUAGAAAGUAAAGGUUCAGCUUUUCUAGAAGUAGUGUCCUAUAAAGAAAUGAUGUUAGGUGAUGAACAUUUUUAAAUGAUGAAUUAUCACUUGACUUUUCGUUUAUAUUUUUCAUGACCAUUUUACUAGAAGUAUAUUUUGAAAAUAAACACAUUUUAAUUA